UUUACGUAACUGUUAUUUUUUUCACAUCCUCUCCAUUGAGAACACCGUCCUUUAUGACAGGAGGACCGGAGCGGGUCUGAACAUACGGACGUACGGCGGUAUGAACAAGAGGCAGACGUGGAGCAGCAGACGAGUGUAACACUGAGGAGGACGUUUACCACACAAUACCUUCUGCGAUGAGCACGGAGACCCAAGCUAUGCUCCAGUUGGCAGCGGAGGCUUUCCACCUGAAGAACUACGAGCUGGCCGCGGACAUCUAUGAGGACCAACUCCGGGAGCCGGUGGAGCCCCGGGGCCGACUCGAGCUCAUGGUGAGGCGGGCAGACGCGCUCGCCUUUGGGGGGAAACUCACCGAAGCCUUCGGUGUCUACCAGAAGGCUUCGGAGAUAGAAAGACUUCAACCUGUCCACCUGGGCAACCUUCUCACGUUCCUCAUCGAGAACAUGAAGAGGAAUGGAGUUGGAACUAAAAAGAAGACCGACCCUGGGAUGGAGUCGGUAGCCACGGAGGGAUGCCCCGAUGCCUCCACGGGCUGCGGACACGAAGCCUGGUCGUGCCGGACGUGUCUUGCCUUUCUGUCCGAACCUGUGACUCUGCCGUGCGGACACAGCCUGUGCAAAAAGUGCCUGGAGAGAGAGACCGGAGGACAGCCUGUCUGCUGUAAGGAGUGCAGUGACACUUCCCAGCUCAAAGACGUGCCGGGCUACCGGGUGAACGUGGUCCUCGGGAACAUCCUCUGCAAGUGGUUCCCGACCCAGUGCCGGGCCGCCGAGCUCCGGCGGCAGGGCAACAGCCUCUAUGUGGACAAGAAGACGGAAGAGGCUCUGGGCAAAUACAACCAAGCCAUCUUCAUAGCACCUAAAGACUACCUCCUCUUCAGCAACCGGUCUCAGAUCCACGCUAGUCUGAGGCGUUACGACAUGGCUCUGAGCGAUGCGGAGACGGCCUGCACGCUAAUGCCUCACUGGUCCAAGGGUCAUCAGCGUAAGGCACAGGCCCUGGUGUCUCUGGGGAGAAGUGACGACGCACUAAAGGAAUACCUGCUGUGUCUGACCCUGCAACCAGACUGCAAACUGGCCAAGACUGAGGCACAAAAGCUCCUCGGGGACUUCCUGGCCCCGGUCACGGAUCAGGUCCCAGACCGCGUCCUGGACUACUCUGCUCUGCUCUGCUCCAGAACCACGGUCAAGAGCGGCCUGGCGCCGUGGGACCCGCACACGCCCGCCACGUCGGUGGCCCCCCGCAUGCACUCACGGCCCUCGCCGCCCUCGGGGUCCCCUCGGACACCAGUCCAGUCCAGUCAGCUGUCCUCGGAAAUAGACCUUCCCCCCUCCCCCCCGCAAGCCUCCUCGAGGCUCCCCUGCAAGUCUCUGAAGGGGAGUGAUGUGUUGGCCGAAGAGGGGGCGGGAGACGACAGGCCCAACGGCACCUGCUGUCGACACCUCCUCAAACGAAAGAGGUGGAGCACGGAGGAGGAGGUGGUGGAGGACAAGAGGAGCACCAACGAGGAAGGAGCAACAGGGAGCGACGUUUGCAAGAAGCUCAAGUCUGAGCCUAUGAUUGGUGCCUGCAACUCUGUGGUUGGUGACCUCAUCGACCCUACAGAUCUGGAAUGUUCCCUCUGCAUGAGACUCUACUACGAGCCUGUGACCACACCGUGCGGUCACACCUUCUGUCUUAAGUGUCUGGAGCGAUGUCUGGACCACAACCCCCAGUGUCCCCUCUGUAAACAAGAGCUGUCUCAGUUUCUGGCCGAGCGCUCCUACUGCAAGACGUCUCUGAUGGAGAGCCUGAUAUCCACGUAUCUUCCCGCCGAUCUGACGGAACGGAGUAAAGUCUACCAUGAGGAGAUGGCCGAGUUCUCAAACCUCAACCAGAACGUGCCUAUCUUCGUGUGCACCAUGGCCUUCCCCACCGUCCCCUGCCCGCUCCACAUCUUCGAGCCGUGCUACCGGCUCAUGAUCCGCCGCUGCAUGGAGACGGGCACCAGGUGCUUCGGCAUGUGCCUGGGGGACGAGGCCAAGGGGUUCGCCGACUACGGCUGCCUGCUGGAGAUCCGGAACGUGGAGGUCUUUGCCGACGGCCGCUCGGUGGUGGACUGCAUCGGCCGGCGGCGCUUCAAGGUCAACCAGCACCGGCAGCAGGACGGUUACAACACGGCCGACAUCGAGUACCUGGAGGACGUCAAGGUGGAGGGCACGGCGGAGAAGGACCUCCAGACGCUCCACGACGCGGUCUACGACCACGCCCUGGUCUGGGUGAACUCCCUCAAACCCGACCAGAAGGAACGCAUCGUGGCGCACUUCGGACCCAUGCCCGAGAAAGACUCCGACCCUCAGGCCAGCCCCAACGGCCCGUCGUGGUGCUGGUGGCUGUUGGCCGUCCUGCCCCUGGACGGGCGCGCCCAGCUGCCCUUCGUGGCGCUCACCUCCCUCCAGGACCGGCUCCACGGGAUCCGCCGCGUGCUGCUCUUCAUGGCCCGCAACACGCGCCACCGCUGAUCCCCCCCCCCCCCCCCC